AAUACGUAGCAAAACCGAAAGCUAUUAUACAGACCCAAAACCCCAAAAAAAACCCUCGCAGCCACCCCAAGCCUUCUCCCCAACUCCACCUCAACCAAAAAUGGCGCAAUCGCUGGAGCUUCUUCUCAUACAGUUCUUGAUGCCUGACAAUGACGCUCGCCGCCAAGCGGAGGAGCAGAUUAAGCGCCUCGCCAAGGAUCCUCAGGUGGUGCCUGCGCUCGUUCAGCAUCUCCGAACCGCUAAAACCCCAAAUGUCCGCCAACUCGCUGCCGUACUCCUCCGCAAGAAGAUCACUGGCCAUUGGGCUAAGCUCUCGCCUCAGCUUAAGCAGCUUGUGAAGCAGUCACUCAUCGAGAGCAUCACUAUGGAGAACAGUCCUCCAGUAAGACGGGCGAGUGCUAAUGUUGUUAGUAUAGUUGCGAAAUAUGCAGUUCCAACAGGGGAGUGGCCUGAUCUAUUACCCUUUCUCUUUCAAUGUAGUCAGAGUGCACAGGAGGAGCAUAGAGAAGUGGCAUUGAUUCUUUUCAGUUCUUUAACUGAAACGAUUGGGACUACAUUUCGCCCUCAUUUCUCAGAUUUGCAAGCUCUUCUUCUGAAGUGUCUGCAAGAUGAGACUAGCAAUCGUGUCAGAGUUGCUGCUCUGAAGGCAGUUGGAUCUUUUAUAGAAUUCACACAUGAUGGUGAUGAAGUGGUCAAGUUUCGAGAAUUUAUCCCCAGUAUUUUAAAUGUUUCUCGACAAUGCCUUGCUGCUGGUGAGGAGGCUGUUGCUGUAAUUGCCUUUGAAAUUUUUGAUGAGCUCAUUGAAUCUCCUGCCCCUCUUCUUGGAGAUUCUGUUAAAUCCAUUGUCCAAUUCUCUCUUGAAGUUUGCUCGAGUCAAAGUUUGGAAUCUAACACACGCCAUCAGGCAAUUCAAAUAAUUUCUUGGCUAGCAAAAUAUAAACCUGCUUCCCUUAAAAAGCACAAACUAGUUGUCCCUAUUCUGCAAGUUAUGUGUCCAUUGCUAGCUGAAUCAAAUGAUAAAGAUGAAGACGAUGAUCUAGCACCUGAUCGAGCUGCUGCUGAGGUUAUUGACACUAUGGCAUUGAAUCUACCAAAGCAUAUUUUUUCUCCUGUUUUGGAAUUUUCUUCCUUAAGCAGCCAAAGUGCAAAUCCAAAGUUCCGUGAAGCUGCUGCUACAGCUUUAGGUGUCAUUUCAGAGGGUUGUUCAGAAUUUAUUAAAGAUAAGCUGGAACCAGUUCUUCAUAUUGUUUUAGGGGCCUUAAGAGACCCGGAACAAAUGGUAAGGGGAGCUGCAUCUUUUGCAUUAGGUCAAUUUGCAGAGUACCUGCAGCCUGAAAUUGUUUCUCACUAUCAAAGUGUUCUACCUUGCAUUUUGAAUGCUCUUGAAGACACAUCAGAUGAAGUGAAGGAAAAGUCAUACUAUGCUUUGGCAGCAUUUUGUGAGAACAUGGGAGAGGAAAUCCUUCCUUUUCUUGAUCCUUUGAUGGGGAAACUACUGGGAGCUCUCCAAAAUAGCGCUCGUAAUUUGCAGGAGACAUGCAUGUCUGCAAUUGGCUCAGUUGCUGGUGCCGCAGAACAGGCCUUCAUCCCAUAUGCUGAGAGGGUUUUGGAGUUGAUGAAAACAUUCUUGGUACUUACCAAUGAUGAGGAUCUGCGUGCACGAGCUAGAGCUACUGAGUUAGUUGGAAUAAUUGCUAUGUCCAUUGGAAGAACUAGGAUGGAGCCUAUUUUGCCCCCUUUCAUAGAAGCUGCAAUUUCUGGUUUUGGAUUGGAGUACAGUGAGCUGCGAGAGUACACCCAUGGAUUUUUCAGCAAUGUGGCAGAAAUUUUGGAUGAUGGUUUUAUACAGUAUCUUCCUCAUGUUGUGCCUCUGGCAUUUUCUUCAUGCAAUCUUGAUGAUGGCUCUGCUGUGGAUAUUGAUGAAUCUGAUGAUGAGAAUAUUAAUAAUUUUGGUGGAGUUUCAUCUGAUGAUGAAGCUCAUGAUGAACCGAGAGUUCGAAAUAUUAGUAUAAGAACAGGAGUUUUGGAUGAAAAGGCAGCUGCAACUCAAGCUCUUGGGUUAUUUGCACUGCACGCAAAGAGUUCUUACGGACCCUAUUUGGAGGAGUCAUUUAGGAUUUUGGCUAAGCACUCGACGUAUUUUCAUGAAGAUGUUCGGCUUCAGGCAAUCAUUUCUUUGAAACAUCUUUUGACAGCUGCACAGGCUAUUCUCCAAAAUCAUAAUGAAGGAGCAGCUAAAGCAAAUGAAAUUUUUGAUACUGUGAUGAGCACAUAUAUUAAGACUAUGAUUGAAGAUGAUGACAAGGAAGUUGUUGCGCAGGCAUGCACCAGCAUAGCUGACAUACUCAAGGAUUUUGGAUUUGCGGCUGUUGAACCUUAUCUAUCUCCACUUGUUGAUGCAACUUUGGUACUACUUCGCGAGGAAUCUGCAUGUCAGCAAACAGAGUCUGAUGAUGAUAUUGAUGAUGAUGAUACUGAACAUGAUGAAGUACUAAUGGAUGCUGUUUCUGAUCUUCUUCCUGCAUUUGCAAAGUCAAUGGGGUCUCAUUUUGCACCCAUCUUUGCCAAGCUUUUUGAACCUUUGAUGAAAUUUGCGAAAGCUUCACGCCCCCCUCAAGACAGGACAAUGGUGGUUGCUUGCCUCGCUGAAGUUGCUCAGGACAUGGGAGCUCCAAUUGCAGGAUAUGUUGACAGGUUGAUGCCCUUGGUGCUUAAAGAAUUAGCUUCAUCAGAUCCUACCAAUAGAAGAAAUGCUGCAUUUUGUGUCGGAGAGUUGUGUAGAAAUGGGGGUGAUGGAACUUUGAAAUAUUAUGGCGAUGUAUUGCGUGGACUCUUUCCAUUGUUUGGAGAAUCAGAGCCGGAUGAUGCUGUAAGGGAUAAUGCAGCUGGUGCAGUUGCAAGAAUGAUAAUGGUGCACCCUGAAUCUAUCCCAUUGAAUCAGGUUCUUCCUGUUUUCUUAAAAGUUCUUCCACUCAAAGAAGAUCACGAGGAGUCCAUGGCAGUUUAUACUUGCGUCUCGACUCUUGUGUUAUCAUCUAAUCCCCAGAUUCUUUCUCUAGUGCCUGAGUUGGUUAAUGUGUUCGCACAAGUUGUAACAUCCCCAGAUGAAACGCCUGAAGUUAAAGCUCAAGUUGGCAGAGCUUUUUCUCACUUGAUUUCACUUUAUGGACAACAAAUGCAGCCCCUUUUGAGCAGCCUAUCUCCUGCACAUGCAAAUGCCCUAGCUGCAUUUUCGCCAAAAAGCUAAUGUCUGCUUGAACUGUCAUUUGUUCCUUCACACAAUAACGUUUUUUUGAUGUCCUUGCUUCAUUCUUCCCUGUGAUAUUCUGGUUGAUUCAGCUAGUGAUCUGUUAUUCCUCAAUUCCAACAUUUGUAUUUAUUGGUGAGGUUGUUUCUCAAAGAGUGAUUUCUUCUACCCAUUUUUCGGUUGGGAACGGCUUAAUUCUUGAAAUUCAUCAAUACAUCAGGUUUGGUUCUUGCUUCGUUCAUCCCCAUCUCCAUUUUUUCUGUUUGGAGAUUAUACGGUAAUUCAUUUUCUGAGUGUAUAUGUUCCAAUUUUUGCUAUUUUUAUUUUUAUUAUUUAUGCUUUUAGCUAUGUUUGUGUUCAUUUAUUUAUUAUUUGAGUUCAAAGCUGCUAGGGAAUGGUGUGUUUUGAUAAACUGGCAUUGCCAUAAAAUUCAUUGGGUUUUGAUAUACAGGCUGUAUACAUUUAUGGCAACAUUGAUUAUAGAAAUAUUGUUUGAUA